CUCCUCUACUUCCAUCUACCAAUGUGAAAAAUGGCGAGUAUUUCAAUCAUCAGCUUUUCUGUUCACUCUGAAUAAUUAGCAGUGGCAAAAAAUCUCGCCGGAAUCUUUUCCGGCGAUGUCGUCUCCAGCUCCGGAAACCUCUCCCGCUGUUCCAAACUCGCCUCCCGUUGUUCCCGCCUCGCCUCCAGUUACGAGCUCCACCUUGUCCCCGCCGCCACCAUCACAAACCAACUUGACUGCUUUGCCUCCGCCACCGGAUACAAACUCCACUGCUUCGACGCCUCCAGGAACUAACUCUACCUCUGUUCAGCCUCCACCAUCCUCGGAUUCUACGAAUGGCUCAACGCCGUCAGUUUCAAUAGAGCCACCGAAGUCUAAAGGGCUGCCUCCGGGGGCUCUGGCGGGGCUAAUAGUGGGAAUAGCGUUGGGAGCAAUCAUUGUGCUGAUUGCUAUGUGCAUUUUCUUCAUUUGUUACCGGAGAAAGAAGAGAAAGGAGGCACUGAGUUCUAAAGGUGAUCAUAACACUGGCGCACCCCAGGCUCAGCAUUGGCAACAGAACUACCCUCCACCUACAGACAAUAAGGUAACAUUAUUGGCAAACCCUGCCCCUGCCCCAGCAAUCUCAGCAAAGCUCUAUCAGCCAUCAGUGCUUGGUCCUGUUUCCCAUGAACCUCCUUCAACGAGUAGCAGUCUGGGUCUGGGCUCUGAAAAACCAUUUGUAUCACCAUCUCCUGGCACUCUUGGAUUGCCACAGGGUACCUUUUCUUAUGAAGAACUUGCAAUGGCAACAAAUGGUUUCUCCAAUACUAACCUUGUUGGACAGGGUGGUUUUGGUUAUGUCCAUAAGGGAGUCCUCCUUGAUGGUAAAGUAGUUGCAAUUAAGCAGCUUAAACCUGGGAGUGGACAGGGGGAGCGUGAAUUUCAAGCGGAGAUUGAAAUAAUUAGUCGUAUCCAUCACAGACAUCUCGUUUCAUUGAUUGGUUACUGCAUUACUGGAGCCCAGAGAAUGCUUGUAUAUGAAUUUGUCCCUAACAACACCUUGGAAUUCCAUCUACAUGGAAAGGAGGGACCAACAAUGAACUGGUCAACUAGAAUGAAAGUUGCUGUAGGCUCAGCAAAAGGAUUGGCUUACUUGCAUGAGGACUGUCAGCCUAAGAUCAUACACCGAGAUAUCAAGGCAGCAAAUAUUCUUCUUGAUGAUAACUUUGAACCAAAGGUUGCUGAUUUUGGACUUGCCAAGCAUUCUUUGGACACUGAUACUCAUGUCUCCACUCGAGUGAUGGGCACUUUUGGUUAUAUGGCUCCAGAGUAUGCCUCUUCUGGUAAGCUCACUGAGAAAUCAGAUGUCUUUUCCUUUGGUGUUGUGCUGCUUGAGUUGAUUACAGGGCAUCGACCUGUUGAUCGUACUCAAUCCUUCCUUGAUGAUAGUAUAGUUGAUUGGGCAAGGCCUUUGCUCAAACAAGCUUUGGAAGAAGGCAUCUAUGAUGCUCUUGUUGAUCCAAAAUUACAGGGGGACUAUGAUUCCAGUGAAAUGACUCGAAUGAUUUCAUGUGCUGCAGCCUGUAUACGUCAUUCAGCACGUCUCCGACCACGAAUGAGCCAGAUUGUUCCAGCUCUGGAAGGAAAAAUGUCCCUAGAUGAUUUAAGCGAUGGAAUCCUACCUGGGCACAGCACGGUAUAUGGUUCUUAUGGAAGCUCAGACUAUAGUUCUAGCCAAUACAAGGAAGACUUGAAGAAAUUCAGGAAGAUGGCGCUAGAAAGCCAAGAACAUGGUAGCAGCGAGUACAGUGGAGUCACCAGUGAGUAUGGUCCACAACCAUCUAGCAGUAGCACUGAAGGCCAACAAACUACACAAGAGAUGGAAGCAAUGAGAAAGGAGACAAUCACCAAACAUUCCCAUGAAAGUUCUUGACAGUUUAUUAGUUAUUACAUUGUUGCCAGUUCUUCAAUUUCAGGUGUAGAACCUGCACAAAAAUGGGUAUCAGAUUCUGGCGGCAGGUCGUUUAAGUGACCAGAGAAUCAGCUUGUUAAAUGAGAUCUACAAAAUUUUAACAUCAUGAAAUAUUCGUCUGAGAAUUUAAGUGACCAAACCUAUAAGUAUCCAUCAUUUCCACUUGAUCCAGUACUGGGAGCGUAUGUUAGAGACUUGAUCGCUGUACUGAAUGUAGUGAAAAUAGAGCUGGGAUGCAUGAGAUGGGUUCUAUUUUUUGUAUUUAGUUAGGCCAUUAUUGUAGAUGAGACAACCUUAUCCUAUUUAUCUUGUUUUGAGCCUCUCAUUGUUUGUGUAUUCGCCAGAAUAUAUAGAGUUGGAUUAGAUACGAUCAAGAUGAUAAAUUGAACCAGAUUUCCAUCUUC